UCUAUAGCUGGUCACUGACCGCACUCCUCACAGCACUGCCCAGGUCACACGGCUUCUUUUCAUUUUGUCUUGCUGGCCCUGCCAGCGGCUUGGGCUGGAGAUUGAAUUUCAGUGAGACAGACACAAAAUAACCGAAGUGCCCGCUCACUUCUGGGAACUGCCAGCAAGGAGAGAACCAACGCAGCUCAGGUUGCAGCUCCGGCCUGCUGCGAGGGGAUAUAAAGACAGGGCCUGAUGGGUGGCCCCAGACUAAGUGCCUGGGAGACUCAAUUGGCUUCUGCAGGCGGCUUCUACUCCAAGUGAUGAUGGGGAAAAUCGGCUUCUCCCUGAUCCUCGCCCUGGCUCUGGUGACCCUCAGCACCUCUUCAGAGAGAAAGUGUGUCCUGUCCGGAUCGUGGAAGAGCAGCGUGGGCUGCAAGAUGGUUGUAUCUGAACUCAGCGAGGCUGGAGUGUUCUCGGGUUCAUACCUCUCUGCGGCAAUGGCCCCCAAGGCUGACCGCCUGCCGUCGCGCCUGCAUGGAAUCCAGCACGGCGCCAGCCUGACGGAGCAGCCAACCUUCGGCUUCACCGUGAAGUGGCAGUUCUCAGAGUCUCCGCCAGACUCCAUGAGCGUCUUCGUGGGCCAGUGCUUCGUGGAUGACCAGGGAGAGGAGACCCUGCAGACCAUGUGGCUGCUGCGCCAGGAGGUCGGAUCCCCCGGUGCCGACUGGGAAGCGACCAGGGUCGGCACAAACGUUUUCACCCGGUUCAAGGGGCAGAACAUGGGCGAAUCCAUGAGGAGCGACGGUGCCCGGUGACCCAGCAGCACCGUGACCCGGGGGCCCUGCCCACCCCCCUCCCCCGUCUGGAAUCUCUCGAGAGCGUCUCGCCCGGUGUCAGGGCUGUUUGCUGGGCUGCAGAGGCGCCGUCUCUGUCUCCAUCUCCCCUCGCUCUGCAGUUAUCCCCCCCACCCCACCCCAGAGUCGCUGCCUGCGGCCCCCACGCUGCGGGUUAGUUCCUUUCCCAGUAAAGUUCUAGCGCGGGAGGCAAAUGAGUCUCUGGUGUUUUUAUUGCUCUUGGGCUGAAGCUGUUGCUGAGCCGUGAUUCCCACCUGCCCCUCCCUGGAUUCCCUGCUAGGUGCCGAUUCUCUCCCAUGAGCCGGGCCCUUCCUGGGACGCCCCUUGGCAGGUUCAUCCCCCUGGUUCGCUCCUUUGCUCACUGCCCAUUGCCUGGGCAGAGAGUGCAACAGCCGUUGUGCAGCCCCGAGGAGACGCCCUUCCUGCUAAACGGCCCUUCGCUCGCUCAGGAGGU